AAACAUAUAGGUUGAUUGUUGCGCACUUCGAUGAUUGAUACGAUAAUUUAUAAUGUUUAACAGAGUUACAUAGUAUGGUAGUCAAUCUGUUAUCUGUGUAUCUUUUCUUGUGGUUACUGUCCAACUUGUUUCAAUGCAAGAAGUUUAUGUCUGAUAUGUAUAUGUUGCACUUGCAUACUCACUUGACGCAUCUGGAAUUCUGGAUUGUCUUAUUGUAUUUUCAGCAUUCACCAUCUGGAUUAUCAUAUUGAAUUUGUUUUUAUAAUGAAGUUAUAUUUCUAUGUCUAGCAAACAGUUGACAUUUUGUCAAAUAAAAGAAGAAAAAAUGUUUUAUUGGUGACAACUGCAAGUGGACUUUCUGGGUUGGAAAAGGACAGAAGGUUUCCCCUGCCCCGUGGCCUUCAGAACUGUAUACCUCAUCCAUCAGCCCACCCGAACUGAGCUGCGGCGGCGGCGGUUCUGGGUUCCAUCUUAAUCCAUUAAAAAGGAAUCCAACUUCUGGGUUUCGUUUCUGGAUUGAUCUUCUCUUCGUAUGUCCCGAUAAUCGAAUCCCUUAUUCUCAGUUCGGCAAAUCAAUCCCCACGGCGUCCCGCUUGUUUCAAAGAUAACGCUGACGGAGGCACGGAGCUCGUCGACGACGGUGAAGAAUUUCAGCUGAUUGGUACCCAAAUCGUCACAGGUAUGGCGGAUUUCUUCUCUCGUGUUUUUGGGGUUUGUUCCUUCAGAUAACGAGCUGAUCAUGUCUCUUCUAAUUCUCUUUUUUGGAAUUUCAUUAAUGGUUUCUUCGUAGUUUAAGGAGUUAUACAAUUCAUGAAUCUAGUUUCCAAUAUCCUCUUCAUUACUUCUCCGUUAUAGCAGAGUCAACCAUUGACUGGGUAUAGAAUGAUUGCUGCGGCAGUUCAGAGAAAGCUGCAGUUAACUGCUUCUCUGCCUUCUAACCCAGGUCCGGAAUUCAUGAAUGGUUAAGGUUUUCCUUCCCAGGAGGGGAGGUAACUAUGAUCAAAUUUGUUCAUAGUUUGCCCAAAUCCAGAAAUCUGAGAAAUUCCUAGAACUGAAACUGGACAGGCUAAUAGAUGCCUAGAAUCUGUUGCAUCCUGAUUCCCGAACCUACGGAACUUGACCAGUUAAAGAAAGGGAUGGUCAAGCCACGUAUUUGCAGUAGAUAGGAUGUUUAAUAAGAUAAAAGUUCCAUUUGUUCAUCUACCUAUAAAACAAGGGGAAUUGAAUAUUUGCUGCAUUUCAUCUUUUCUAACUCUUUGGCUUGCUUCCCAUAAGCUAGAUUGCUGCUGAGAUCGAAUUUGAAGCUCCUUUAACAAUACCAUUCAUUGUGUCGGUCCUACAGCUAGCGUUGCAGUUCUGAUAUUCCUCUAUAGUUAAGCAUUCAAAGUUUCUUGAAUUUCAAAACCAAAACCUUGUGACCGACCUCCAUAAUCAUCAUGUGCAGACAUUGUUAACAUGGUUUAUACCAUUUUGCUUCUCCACACAUCUUCUGACUACUGAGUGUUCUCUGUGUUAAACCUACCAGAGAGCUAUCUCUACUCCAACUUGAAGAAAGCAAAAAUGCACAACAACGAAGACAAGAACCUCAUCGAAAUUCUGGACGAAAACGUGUCGGUCGACAUUGCCAGAUACACCAACUACGUCAGCGCUCCACAGGCAGGGGCAAUCACAACAUUCUCCGGGACAACGCGUGACACCUUCGACGGCAAGACAGUGGUGGAGCUGCGGUACGAGGCGUACGUGCCAAUGGCAGUACGCCAAAUCCAGUCCAUCUGUUCCUCGGCCAGGGCUACCUGGAAGAUCCACGCCAUUGCUGUGGCACACCGCCUGGGGGCGGUUCCGGUAGGGGAAACCAGCGUGUUCAUUGCCGUGUCAGCUGUUCAUCGUGGCGACGCGCUGGAUGCUUGCAAGUUCAUGAUAGAUGAGCUCAAGGCGACCGUUCCGAUAUGGAAGAAGGAGGUUUACUCGAAUGGGGAGGUUUGGAAGGAGAAUUCUGAGUUCAUGGAGAGGAGAUCAAUGGAUCCUGCUGGAAAUGCUGUUGAUGCGCCUGCUGCUGCUAGUACCAGAAGGGUUUGCUGUGGGACAAAGUGUAAAGUCAGUAAUGAAGAAAGCCCUGCUUUUGGGAUGAACUCAGAGUAGAAUUUGUCAAAGGGGAAAUAAGAUUCAGAAUGUGAUGAUCAAGAAAAGCUAUAUACAUUGCUUUGCCUUGUUGCUCCCUUCUCACAUUCUGCUUAGUAAAGGUUGUUCGAGUUCAAGUUGAUCGUUACUCGUUCUGGCAAAGUCAUACCAGUCCGGUCUAACGACACGGGCCGGACCCUUUUGGACCAGUUUAGGCCCAAAUAGCGAGCAUAACAAACUCCCAGCCCAAUUUCCUCCUGACGUUGCGUAAGAAUCAAGAGCGGUGGGCCCCCCUGUCCUAGAAACGGCAAAAAAGCAGCCCUCCUUUUUCUCUUGUCUCUUUAAAUAAUCGUACGAAGAAAACUGAAUUUACACG